GCUCUCUGUAACUGCAAGCGAGCACAGAACGAGGGUAAAACAUCCUCACACAAGACCGCGAAAAAACGACAUUUAGCGGCGUGGACCAAACAUAUAGAGCCUGUUGGGAAUGUAAUGUGGAUUAUUACGCUUUGGGAUAUUUUUACGAAAACUGAGCUAUUGUGCGCUAGACGGGGCAGAGUAACCGUAUGGACUACAUUACCCACAAGGCAUCAUGCAGUCUGCGCUGGUUUCCCUAAAUACAGAAAGAGUCCGACCUGGAGGACCUGUCUGGAUGAUUGAGGUCUGAGGAAAUACCAGAAGAAAACAGCACCUCAGCAGACACACAGCACCUCAUCUGCUCGUCUCCUCAAGUUGAUCCAUUCCAGGAAACGUAGAAGUACUUUUAUUGUCGCCUGACAGAGAUUGGAUUGUUGUGCAAUGUCAUUGGCCUUAUGACUGUUAUUUAAGACUGUUCUCCUCCUAAUUCCCUCUCCUCUUUUAGGAUAUUUUUUGUUUGUCGCUGCGUUGACGAUCUCACCUCUUCUUUAGUAUCUCUGGGCAUACUGUGGGAUGUACUUUGGAUAUACUGACCUUUGAACCAAAGCGAAUUCAAUGAUUUCCUUCUGUUCAGGAUAAUAACCCCAAAUCUCCAGCACUUUUACAAUGAAUUUCUUCAGAUUCCCAGUCCAGUUGCAGCUGCUGAUCAGUACUGUGCUUGGGCCCUGCUUGGGCCUGGAGUUUACAGGGUCACAAGGCCAGUGGGCACGCUAUCUCCGCUGGGACGCCAGCACCAGAAGUGACCUCAGCUUCCAGUUCAAAACAGACGUGUCCACUGCCUUAAUCCUGUACUUUGAUGAUGGUGGCUUCUGCGACUUCCUGCAACUCAUGGUGGUCGAAGGGAAGCUCCAGUUGCAGUUCGGCAUCGACUGCGCCGAGACCACAGUGGUAUCGGACAAGAGAGUCAAUGACAGCAGCUGGCAUUCUGCCACCCUGAGCAGGUACAACCUGAGAACUGUGCUGGUUCUUGACGGAGUGAGCAAAUCGGGCGAGGUGCGGCCACAGAGGCAGUACAUGAAGAUCGUUAGUGACCUCUUCCUGGGCGGGGUCCCUCAAGAUAUACGUAUUUCUGUGCUCACUCUCCCGACAGUGAAGGAUCUUCCGCCGUUUAAGGGAAUUAUCAGGGAACUGAAGUACAAUAACAAGGAACCUAUUCUGCUAAGCAGCCAGAGAGUCCGCAUGGACACAGAGGGGAUCUGCAUGGAGAACCCAUGCGAGAAUGGAGGAACAUGCUCCGUUGUGGAUGGGGAACCGCUUUGUGAUUGUUCUAAGACAGAAUACGUUGGCCGAUUCUGCAACGAAGAGGCCAACAGCAUCCCAGGAUUUGCACACAUGAUGAUGGCGGAUCAAGCCAAGGGCAAAGCGCGAGAAGAGAACGUGGCCACAUUCAGAGGUUCUGAGUACUUCUGCUACGACUUGUCUCAGAAUCCCAUCCAGAGCAGCAGCGAUGAGAUCACAUUGUCCUUCAAGACCUGGCAAAGAAAUGGCCUUAUCCUUCACACGGGCAAGUCAGCAGACUACGUCAACCUGGCCCUGAAAGAUGGGGCCGUUUCGUUGGUCAUCAACUUGGGUUCCGGAGCCUUCGAGGCCAUUGUUGAGCCUGUCAAUGGCAAAUUCAAUGACAACUCCUGGCAUGAUGUGAAAGUCACACGCAACCUCAGACAGCAUUCAGGUAUUGGACACGCUAUGGUAAACAAACUACAUUGUCUGGUGACAAUAUCUGUGGACGGCAUACUGACCACAACAGGCUAUACGCAGGAGGACUACACAAUGCUGGGAUCAGAUGAUUUCUUCUACGUCGGCGGAAGUCCAAGCACAGCAGACUUACCUGGGUCGCCCGUCAGCAACAACUUUAUGGGUUGCCUGAAAGAGGUUGUUUACAAAAACAAUGACAUCCGGCUGGAGCUCUCCCGGCUCGCCCGCAUCGUGGAUCCCAAAAUGAAGAUCCAGGGAGAUGUGGUGUUCAAGUGCGAGAACGUGGCCACCCUGGACCCCAUCUCAUUCGAGACGCCCGAGGCCUACAUCAGCCUACCCAAGUGGAACACCAAACGCAUGGGCUCCAUCUCCUUCGACUUCCGUACCACCGAACCAAACGGCCUUAUUCUCUUCACCCAUGGGAAGCCACAGGAAAGAAAGGAUGCUCGUAGCCAAAAGAACACAAAGGUGGACUUUUUUGCAGUAGAGCUUCUGGAUGGAAGUUUGUACCUGCUGCUGGACAUGGGCUCUGGGACUAUCAAAGUAAAAGCCACACAGAACAAGGUGAACGACGGGGCCUGGUAUCAUGUGGACAUCCAACGAGACGGAAGAUCAGGCACCAUAUCUGUUAACAGCCGUCGCACUCCGUUCACCGCCAGUGGUGAAAAUGAAAUCUUGGACCUGGAGGGGGACAUGUACCUGGGUGGCCUCCCCGAUAGCCGGGCCGGCCUUAUCCUUCCCACCGAACUAUGGACUGCCAUGCUAAACUACGGCUAUGUGGGAUGCAUUCGGGACCUGUUCAUUGAUGGUCGCAGUAAGGACAUCAGGCAAAUCGCUGAGGACCAGAACGGUGCAGGCAUCAAACCUUCCUGCAACAAGAUGUCAGGCAAGCAGUGCGACAGCUAUCCGUGCAAGAACAAAGGCGUGUGCAAAGAAGGAUGGAAUCGCUUUAUCUGUGACUGCACAGGCACCGGUUACUGGUCCCGCACGUGUGAGAGGGAGGCGUCCAUCUUGAGCUAUGACGGGAGCAUGUACAUGAAAGUGGUGAUGCCUACUGUGAUGCACACUGAAGCGGAGGACGUGUCCCUUCGCUUCAUGUCUCAGCGGGCAUACGGCCUGCUCGUGGCCACCACCUCACGCGACUCCGCCGAUACUCUUCGGCUAGAGCUGGAUGGCAGUCGCGUCAAACUCACGGUCAACUUAGACUGUAUCAGGAUAAACUGUAACUCCAGCAAAGGACCAGAGACACUGUAUGCCGGACAAAAACUCAAUGAUAAUGAAUGGCAUACUGUGCGCGUGAUCCGGAGGGGCAAAAGCUACAAGCUAAUGGUUGACGAUGACGUAGCAGAAGGUCAGAUGGUGGGCGAUCACACCCGGUUAGAGUUUCACAACGUUGAGACGGGCGUGAUGACCGAGCGCCGUUUCGUCUCCAUGAUCCCCUCCAGUUUCAUCGGUCACCUGCAGAGCCUCAAGUUCAAUGGCAUGCUCUACAUCGACCUGUGCAAGAAUGGUGAUAUUGACUACUGCGAGCUCAACGCUCGCUUUGGCAUGCGCUCCAUCAUCGCAGACCCCGUGACGUUCAAGUCAAAGAGCAGUUACCUGAGUCUAGCGACCUUGCAGGCUUACACAUCCAUGCACCUUUUCUUCCAGUUCAAGACAACCUCUCCAGAUGGAUUCAUACUCUUCAACAGCGGGGAUGGAAGUGAUUUCAUCGCUGUAGAGCUGGUGAAAGGGUACAUACAUUACGUGUUUGAUCUUGGCAACGGGCCCAAUGUAAUCAAGGGCAACAGUGACCGAGCUCUCCAUGACAACCAGUGGCAUAACGUUGUCAUCACUAGAGACAACAGUAACGUCCACACACUCAAAGUGGAUGCCAAGGCAGUGAGUCAAGUCGUCAAUGGCGCUAAAAAUCUGGACCUUAAAGGUGACCUCUACAUCGCCGGAUUGGGGCCCAACAUGUAUAACAGCCUGCCGAAACUUGUGGCCUCUAGGGAUGGUUUUAAGGGUUGCCUGGCAUCUGUGGACCUGAAUGGACGCCUUCCCGACCUCAUAAACGACGCUUUGUUCCGCAGCGGUCAGAUCGAGCGAGGAUGCGAAGCAUCCAAAAGUGAACUUGGUUUCACCAAAGCAGAUCUACAAGGUCCUAGCACUACAUGCCAAGAAGACUCCUGUGCCAACAUGGGGAUCUGCAUCCAGCAAUGGGAGAACUACACCUGCGACUGUUCAAUGACCUCCUACACCGGGACGCAGUGUAAUGACCCUGGAACAACAUAUAUUUUUGGGAAAGGAGGAGGCCUCAUAACCUUUAACUGGCCGGCCAACGAGCGCCCGAGCACCCGUACGGACAGGCUGACAGUGGGCUUUAGCACCUCGCUCAAGGAUGGCAUCCUGAUCCGCAUCGACAGCGCCCCCGGCCUGGGAGACUACCUCAUGCUCCACAUUGAACAAGGCAAAAUUGGAGUCACAUUCAACAUCGGAACGUCUGACAUUACUGUUCAGGAGAGCAGCACCGCUGUAAAUGACGGCAAGUACCAUGUAGUGCGCUUCACCCGAAAUGGGGGCAAUGCUACACUUCAGGUGGACAACUGGGCCAUCAAUGAGCACUUCCCCUCAGGUAACAGCGAUAAUGAGAGAAUUCAAAUGGCCAAUAAGAAAAUUCCUUUCAAAUAUGCCCGGCCCGUAGAGGAAUGGCUUCAGGAGAAAGGGCGGCAGUUAACGAUAUUCAACACCCAGGCCACAAUAAGAAUUGGUGGUUCAGACCGCAAGAGGCCAUUUCAGGGCCAACUCUCUGGACUCUACUACAACGGCCUCAAAGUGCUCAACAUGGCUGCUCAGGGCAACCCUAACAUCAAAAUCAAUGGCAGCGUCCGCCUGGUGGGGGAGGUUCCCUCCGCAGGUUCAGCCAGAACCACAGCCCUUCCCCCGGAGAUGUCCACCACCUUUAUCGAGACCACCACCACCAUGUCCACCACCACCACGAGAAAACACCGCACUCCACCCACAAUACAGACCACGGAUGACAUGGUCUCUUCAGCCGAAUGCUCCAGUGAUGACGAGGACUUUGCUGAGUGCGAAGGACAUGCAGGUGGGCUAGGAGGCGAAUUAGUUUUCCCAGUACUUGUAAAGGAUCCCUUAGAGCUCCCCUCUGUAGCCACUCGUACACCCUCCAUCCCCUUUCCCCCAACCCUCCGCCCCCACCUCACCAUUAUUGAGACCACCAAAGAGUCCCUGUCCAUGGCCACUGAGGCGGGGGUACCUUGCUUGUCGGACCGAGGCAGCGAUGAUUGUGAUGAUGAUGAUGGCUUGAUGAUAUCUGGGUAUGGCUCUGGGGAAGCAUACGACUCUAACCUGCCCCCUACUGAUGAUGAAGAUUUUUACACCACCUUCUCCUUGGUAACAGAUAAGACCUUGUCUUCGUCGACCUUUGAAGGUGGCUACAAAGCUCACGCGCCUAAGUGGGGAUCCAAGGACUUUAGACCUAACAAAGUCUCCGAUUCUGGUAGGACUACUACCACGUCUUUUUCCCCCAAGCUGAGCCGCUCCACAACCACGUCCACGCCACCCAAACUGCCCGCGGGCAAAAUGAAUCACAGGGAGCUAAAGCCCCAGCCCGACAUAGUCUUGCUUCCAUUGCCCACUUCCUAUGAGGUAGACAACACAAAGCUGAAGAGCCCAUUAAUAACCUCCCCCAUGUUCCGUAAUGUACCCACAGCAAUCCCCACGGAGCCGGGCAUCAGGCGGGUUCCGGGGGCCUCCGAGGUGGUCCGUGAAUCUAGCAGCACCACCGGAAUGGUCGUCGGGAUAGUUGCCGCUGCCGCUUUGUGCAUCCUAAUUCUGCUGUACGCCAUGUAUAAGUACAGAAACAGGGACGAGGGAUCCUACCAAGUGGACGAGACCAGGAAUUACAUAACCAACUCGGCGCAGAGCAAUGGAGCAGUCAUGAAGGACAAGCAGCAGAGCGCAAAAAGCGGCAACAAGAAACAGAAAAACAAGGACAAGGAGUACUACGUGUGAGAACGUCGCCCGUCGCUUUGACAGAACUUUGAGCUGUUGGGCGCUGCGCCGAGAGAGGGCGACAGGAGCCGAACCCCGGCGCCGCGCCGAGAAGGCGAACUCUGACGCGAACUGUACCAUAAAGCACACUUACAACCGUAAGCAUACCGCGAAGGUAAAAUAGCAAACAUUAGUGACCUUAUUCCUCUAUCUGGUCGGAGACGUUAUCAGUGUAGAAUAUUCCACAGCUACAUCAUAAUCCUAAGUGACUUUUAGAGGUAUGUGAACCUUGGCGUAAAUCUCGUUUUUCUUUUCUUUUGUAACUCUGUAAAAAAAAAAAAAAAGAAAAAAAGAGGAGAACGUUUCAAGCAUGUAAGAGACACAUAGUGCUGACGUCCGCAACGAAAGUGGGACCCAAAAAAUGUUGUUCACGCGAAAAAAAGGACUCCUGCCAACAAAAUAAAUAAAUGAAUAAAUAUAUAUAUAAAUAUAUAUAUAAAUUCUAUAUAUGAGAAAUUUGUAUUGUUUAUAUACAUUACAUGUGGUGUCUUAUCAUUUUUUGCUCUCUGCAAAAAGAAGAAAAACACGAUGUAAUAAACGAAGACCGGUCACCGAGGCUCUGACAGCACAGCCGAAACUGAUCAUUCUAAUUGUACAACCAACUGUAAUAUUGCAAAUGUGUGAGUUUCCAGAAAGACAGUGACGUUUCCUUGUCUCAGUAAAGCGACUGAUUGUAGUGCAUGCCAUGCCAUCCUUCGCUUCGAUCACGUCCGCCCUCCGGGCCGAUCCGAUCAUCAGAUAAACCUCUCGUCCCUCAAAGCGACUCGACAAGGGAACGGGCCGCAGAUUGGAACUUUUUCAACCGUAUGUAUGUUGGUCCAUUUGCUCUCGUCUCUUUUUUAUACAGCUGUCUGGUGCAGACUGGCGCAGUGCUAUGAUACUGUUAAAGGAUGUCUAUACGAAAAUAAAUCUAAUGUGAAAAGUGUGAAAAAAAAUCUAUCUGUUGUCACAGUCGACUGUGUCGAACGAGAAAUUUGUUUACAUAUUUUAUUACAUGAUAGCGGUUGUACUUUGUAGGUAGAUGAUGUACAUACGAACCUAAGUUGUAUUUUUUUUAGUAAUUCUAUUGUACAGAGAGAUCAUUUGAUUGAUUUAUUCAGUGUGUUUCAUGCAGAAAAAUCCGACACUGUCGACUCAUGUGAAGGACGAAAAAUAUAUAUACAGUACACACACGUUUUUGUAAGGACAAGCAGAGAAUAUUGUUAGAUUAGAGGUCUAAUCUUUCUCGCAGAUGUUUCUAAGUCUAAGCAUGGAUAUUUGACUACUUGAAGCUGUCGAUGAAAUACAAGACGCACUUCUUAAUUGUACCAAGGUUUCCUUGUUAUCAGUUGUUUUAUUUCUAGAAGAAUCAAAGAAAUAUGUAAUAAAGACAGACUAAUAUGGAUACGGACAUGCAGCUCAGAUAAUUUACGCCGUGUGUUUCUUACCUUAAUGUCUUAAUACAAGUGGCCUGGACUGCAAGUAAGCCCUGUCUCAUCGACACAAUCUUUUGCCAUUUUUAUUCUUAUUCAUGUAUGUUUUUGCCAUUUUUUUUAUAUAUGUUUGUUAAUCACUGUACCAUAAAUAUGAUGUCAAGAUGUGCCCAUGUUAUUUUUUUAAUCUUCAUUUUCUGUUCAACCUCAUGUGUGCUUUUAUCAUUUUCAUUUAUGACAUCCUAGUCAUGUAGCUUCGCUUCAGACAAUAUUUGGCGAUGAUCUAUAAUAAAACAUUCCAUGGAGGUUGAUCAUGUUCGGGCUGUCUUAAUGUGCUCAUAUCUAAACUCGAUACCUAUUUUUAUGUCAUUCAUCGUGCUGGACAGCACACUUUCAUUUCCUGUUCUGUUAGGACCUUUUUAAUGUGCUCAAGAGACAUCGAGGGUCUGAAAUAUGCCUUUCGUACCAUGCUUUUAAUGGAUUAAAUGCCUCACUUUGUUUUUAGCCCAGGAAAGGUAAGGUCGUCGUUUGUUAUACACAAAAAAGACGACUGCAUUUCAGUAGCCAGUCAGAGAGCAACAAUGAAUCAAUAUCCAUCAGGAUUUUCUUGGGAGACGCAGAUUUAUAUAAGACCCUGUACCCACAAUGACCUGUUAACAGCAUAAGAGCAGAGAUCUUGAGCCCAAAAUAUUUCUCUUUUAGUUACCAAGGCAACACAAAGGUACAAAUCAGAAGCUGUGACUUCUGCUGGGGUUUAAUUGUUUCAUUAGACAUGGUAAUUAAAGUAUGCCUGACUAUACACCAGGAUGUCUAAUAUGCUAUUGUUUGAGAACAAGUACAAUGUUUGAAAUGCUGACUAGGAACAAAAGCAUCAACUUCUGUUUGCAUGCAGCAUAAAAACUGACAGAUUGAUCGUAUGACAACACAUCAUGCAUGUCCACAAAUAAAGAGAAGGUGAGAAAUGGUGAUUUGUUUUAGAGGAUAACAUUAAAAUGUAGACUAAUCAUUGAAACAAAUACGAAUGUUCAAUUCGGUUUCAGCUUCAUUGGAUGUUUUCAGUUUUGUUGGAUCCCCUCACCCUGACAGCCAUUUGGAGCAACAAGGUGACCAGGAGUCAUUCGUUUUCAAUGGCAAUUUCCAGCUUCAUGGGUUACAGUGACUGUUUUGAAGAGAUUUGAUGCAAAAACAGUUGAUAAAAGAUUAUGCAAUUGAGCAGCAAAUACACCAGUGGUCACUUUUAACUGAUUCGUUGUUUUGUUUUUUGUUCUUUUACAAUCAGUACAUCUCAUCUGUGUUUUGAUUUUUAAAUGCUUUGAAUAAUGUGUGUACAGGUCAUUACUGAAAUCAUCCAGCAAUAGGAACACCUUACUACAGUGACCUCUAGCAAUAAAAUCACUAUGAACAAGCAUGUUUUCUUUCCAGGUGCUGACCAUAAGUCCAUAUGUAUAAAAAGAGCUGUUAGAUCACACCC